GCUGGAUUCAACCUUUUCUGACUAAACAAGAACGGUCUUUUCUUGCUAAAGAAUCUCUAGAAGACAAAGCUGCUGCCCAAUUUUUGAAUUCCAGCAUUUGCGUUCAGUGACAUUACUGAAUUUGUUGUGUGAUUGAUUUACUGUGAUCAAGAUGGCGUUGCAGAAUAUUGGUGCUGCAAACAGUGAUGAUGCCUUCUACAGGUACAAGAUGCCCAAGAUGAUUACCAAAAUUGAGGGCCGAGGAAAUGGCAUCAAGACAAACAUUGUCAACAUGGUUGAUAUUGCAAAGGCUUUGGCAAGGCCAGCUUCUUACACUACGAAGUACUUUGGUUGUGAGCUUGGUGCACAAUCCAAAUUUGAUGAGAAAACAGGGACUUCCCAUGUGAAUGGCUCUCAUGACACCGCCAAACUUGCAGGCCUUCUUGAGAACUUUAUCAAGAAAUAUGUCCAGUGUUAUGGCUGUGGAAACCCUGAGACUGAGGUAAUCAUCACCAAAAGCCAGAUGAUCCAGCUGAAAUGUGCUGCUUGUGGUUUUGUGUCGGAUGUUGAUAUGAGGGACAAGCUCACCACUUUCAUUGUGAAGAAUCCACCAGAAACAAAGAAGGGAUCAAAGGACAAGAAGGCAAUGAGGAGGGCUGAGAAGGAGCGACUGAAGGAAGGUGAAGCUGCCGAUGAGGAGCAGAAGAAACUGAAGAAUGGUAAGAAGAAGGGAUCUUCUACAAAGGAUGGCCAUGCAAAAGCUAGCUCUAUUAAGAAGAAAGCAAACAGCUCUGAUGAGGAACGUGGGUCACCAACUCAUAGCCAGGUUGAUGAGAAGGAAGAGGCUGAUGAUGAAGAUGAUGUCCAGUGGCAAACUGAUACAUCUCUGGAGGCUGCUCGCCAACGCAUUCAAGAGCAGUUGAGUGCUGCGACAGCUGAUAUGGUCAUGCUCGCCGCAGAUGAGACAGAGAAGAAUUCAAAGACAGCCAGCAAAGAAAAUGGCAGUCCUCGAGAGGAGGAACCAAAAGCUGGUUGCGGGAAUUCAAGUGCUUAUGAAACUCUCGUGGAGGAGGUGAAGGCAAACCUGAAGAAGGGAGUAUCUGCAAGCAAGAUACAGUCUGCUCUCGGUUCACUUGAUGGGUCUGCUCAGGAAAAGAUGAAUGGUCUGUUUGAGGCAUUGUUUGAGGGUGUUGAGAAAGGAUUUGCGAAGGAGGUUGGCAAGAAGAAGAAGUAUCUGGCUGCCGCUGUUGCUCAGGAUGAGGGAUCACAGUUGCUUCUGCUCAGAGCAAUCGGGGCAUUCUGUGGGAAGUCGAGCUCAAGUGCACUGAAGGAAGUGGCUCUUGUCAUGAAAGACCUAUAUGAUGCUGAUGUCCUGGAGGAAGAGUACAUCGUGCAGUGGUAUCAGGAAGGGCUAGAGGGACCAAGCAAGGAUUCUCAGAUUUGGAAGAAUGCUAAGCCCUUCAUUGAAUGGCUUCAGAAUGCUGAGUCUGAGUCGGAGGAAGAAUGAUGGGCUCUUAAUUUUUAGUAGUUCAAAUCUCGAGUCUGAAGCCCUCAUGGUAAUUUGUGUCGUGAAUAAAAGAGUGUGCCCUUUGCUUUAGUGUCCUUGGUUUGGAGUUGAGUGGAACCUCUUAGGUUUAUGGAGAGGGGUGCUAUUUAUCUUGAAAUCUGUGCUUUUUGUUUUGUUUUGGAGUUGAGUGGAACCUAUUUGAGUCUUUAUUUUUUGUGUUUUUCUUGCUUUCAUUUUCGUAUUGUGUGGCUUUGCUGUUAUUGAGCGUGGUCAUUUUAGGCUUCUUGGGUGAAUAACGUUGUUACCACCUUUCUGCUAGAAAUUCAGAUCAGUAAACGUUCCUCUAACUGUGAUA